UUCUUUCAGCCGUAAAUUAAGGGCCACAAACAUGAAAAAGGCCAAACGAUGGCUUCUACCGAUAGCAGCUUUGUUGGUGGUGUUAGUCACAGAAACCGACGCAGUGGCACCGUUUAAAAAGGUUUCCAUUGGUACAACAACAACAACAACCACGACUACGUCUACAACCACAACAGAAGCGCCAGCAAUUGAAAGUGAUGAUGGAAAGGGAAAAAUCGAAGGCAAACGCGAUAUUGAUAGGAAACAAUUUUCAUGGCUUUGGACCCAAAAACAAGAGGUUGGCAGCCUUAUAAAUGUAGCUAGAUGCAGAGAGCAAUACGCAGAAAUAGUAAAAAAUUUGUAA